AUGUGGAAGGGUGGUUACAUCGUUCGCCCUCCCGAGUCUCUUUCCUCUUCUACCAACCUUCCUGCAACUUCACCCACAGCAACGCCUUCUCGUUCACCGCAGAUCUUUGAUCCUAUUGGAGAAGAUUUCACCUCAUUCCUUUCCACUGUCAAUCCUGCUCUCGGAGGUGGUGAAGAAGUUCGUCUCUGCAAUCCUUGUGUCCCAGAUCCAAACCCAAAUCCUCCUCAACCCUACAGCACCGUCCGUCCAUACGGCCAUAGAUCUACCCAGUCUCUCUCAUCUACCGACAUGGGAAAUGUAUUCUCCAGAUCACAGCGUGAGCAAGGUGAUCCUCGUCAGUCUCGACGCACUGUUGGCGACCAUGAACGACCACACCAUCUACGGGACUGGAGCUGGCGUAUGAGUGAUCAUGUCAGAGAGGCAGUUCACCAUACGUAUCCCGACAUCCUUGUUCAGGGACGCGAGAUGCGACGUGCACGCCGCGUCAGCCAAGCUACUGCUGCCGCCGAAGCCCAGCUGAAUCUGGAACUAACCACUCACGACGACGGCCAAGGCUCUCUCGUUACGACAUUGGCGCCUCGCGCCCCGCGCCAGUCUGCUGUUUCUGAGCGCGAUCUCUGCCCUGUGUGCGGUCAGCGAUUCCUAUCGCUCACCGAAGAUAACUCUAUGGAAGUCCGUGAAGCCCACAUCCGCGAGUGCAUCGACAACCACGCGAUCCGCUCCUCCCAUCGCGAAUCCCCGACCUCAAGGCAGGCUCCUUCCGUGCCUCCGCCCCUUCCGUCGUUCGUCCGUAUGGUCAGGUUUACGGCGACAGAGAAGGAUUGCCUCGACGACGACGGCAAGGUGGCGGAGUGCAUGAUUUGCAUGGAGGAGUACAAGGUGGAAGACGUGCUGGCCCGCCUUGAAUGCCUGUGCAAGUUCCACCUUGACUGCCUUGAGAAUUGGUUCCAGAAGAAGUCCGAAUGUCCCUUAUCCGAUCGGAGUAAGGCUCUCCCAAUCCUCCGCGUCGGUCAAUCGGUGCUUGUGUCCACCGUCCUCCGUCCUCCGCUCGUGUGGUGCACAAUCAAUCCCCCGGCCCUCCGCCAUCCCGGCAAGCAGAUUUGUAUCGUUAUCCGCCUCCUUGCCCCUGGAAUCGGUGCCUGCCGACUUGGCGCGGAUGGCGGCCGAUCCUCUUCCCGGGUUGCCGAGAAUACCUACCCAGACCCUCCGGCACAUCGAUCUUUAGACUCGGGUCGGUCUCAAGAAGACACACAAGCAGGACAGACGGCCGACUCGGGUGACCCUCAUGAUCCUCUGGCCGAUCUGAAGCGCCCACGUGCCUGCGAGCCAUGUCGCCAGUUGAAAGUUCGGUGCGAUCCAGACCCAAAUCAUCCAGAUGGAUCUUGUAAGAGAUGCGCCAAAGCUCGUCGCACUUGUAUUGUCACAGCGCCAACUCGGAAGCGCCAGAAGAAGACCGACAGCCGCGUCACGGAGCUGGAGCGGAAGAUCGAUGCAUUGACAGCCAGCCUGCAGAUGUCACACAGUGGUGGGAUACUACCACAGGGACAGCCUUCGCAGCAGCCCCAGUCCCUGCAUAUGCAACAACACCAGAAUGAGCUACAAUCCAGUCGCCGCUGGGACCCCAGUCUGGCUGGCAAUAAACGGCAGCAUGAUGGUGACCUAAAAGAAAUCUCCAGUGGAAGUGGGUAUUUGGCUCCCCAGAAUCCUAGUCCCGGCCAUUCGUCAGCGGAGAAGAACUAUGAGCGCUCUCCGUCAAGACACUGGCGCGGACCUUAUAGCGGCGAUAUAUUCCCACCGAAGGCUGAAGCUGCCAAUGAGUAUGUUGACUGCAUCGAUCGAGGCUUGGUCACUGUCCAACUCGCCGAGGCGGCCUUUGAUCUGUACGUCGAAAAAAUGGCUCCUCAAUACCCGAUGGUUGUCUUCCCAACCCACACGACCAUGAGUGAUAUUCGCCGGAGCAAGCCAGCUUUGUUUCUUGCAAUCACUGCAGUUGCCAUUGGACCUCUGAGCCCUGAUCUACAGAUUCCUCUCUUUACAGAAUUUUACCGCAUGAUCGCGGAGCGCGUCGUGGUCAAGGGCGAGAAAGCUCUCGAGCUGUGUCAGGGCCUCCUGGUCUGUUGUAUCUGGUACUUGCCACCAGAUAACUUUGAAGAACUCAAGUUCUACCAACUGAUUAACAUGGCUUCAACCCUGGCAAUGGAUCUGGGGAUGAACCGCCGCAGCCUGACAAACAAAAAAGGAUUCACUUUUCUCCGUGAGCUGAUGGGCAAGAAGACGAAUCCAUCGUUUGACCCAGAUGGCCCAGAAGCGAGACGGACCUGGGUUGCAUGCUAUUUUUUCCGUACAUGGAUGAAUGUGUUGAGAUCUUGGAAACUCAUCCCGACGCUCUCCCCCUCUGACAAAGAUUUGCUCUCAUGGGCGAAGCUCGCAUACAUUAUGGAGGAGGCUUCAUUGUCGGUGCCAUCAGAGGAGCCUAUUUCCAUUAUGUCGUUCUCGGAAAGUAAACUCAGGUAUACGAUGAAGGGGCUUGCAAAUAAACUGAAUCAGUGGAAGAGAGAGACUCCCGAGGAAAAGACCAGCGUACUGAUGUCCAAUACCGAACACAUAAUCAACCUUUAUCUUCAUGAGAUCGCCUUGAAUGUCGACUGUAACAACUCUACAGAGCUUGACGACCCGUCUAGUCCAGCAGCCAUGGCUUUCGUCGACGCAUUAACCACCUGCAUCCACUCCAUCCAUAAAAGUCUGGACACCAUCAUCUCAAUCGACAUUGAUCAGUUCAUCCUCCUUCCUACAACCUCCCUAGCUCGGACAUCAUACGCAAUUGUUAGCAUGAUCAAGCUUUACUCACUUCUCACAUCCCCGGACAACCGGCUUGGGCAGGUUGUCGAUGUGAAGAGCCUGAAUAUGGAGUACUAUCUUGACCGUGUCUUGGCCCAUUACCGCGCCGGUGCGGCUCGCGAUGGUGGGCGUGCAGCAGCCAAGUUUGCGAAUAUCCUGGGAAUGUUACGGAACUGGUUCGUCAAGAAGAAGGACCAAGGGCCAGGUCUCAGGGAGGAGUUGGCUCGUGCAGAAGGUGUCGGUGAAAAACAACCGGAACGAACGCGUCUCCAUCUUCUCAGCGAAGUGGCCGCGGGUGAUCCAGUUCACCGGAGUUCUUCUGGCAGCUUCAGUCAUUCUCCUCUGAUGGUGUCAACACAGAAUCGCCAAUCUUCCGCAUCCACAGCCACAGGCUAUCCAGGUCCAUCAACACCUGGCCAAUCCAGUCUCGGCACCUCCGCCACAUCUCCGGGCUCGUUGCAGCGCAUGACAGCGUCAACAACUGCGUCCGACACAUCAGCAGGAUGGCCGUCUUUCCACAGCCCCCGAGAUCCCACUAUGGCGAACAGGGGACUUUACGCUCCUUUCUCCUCAUCGGCAGUUCCCUCGAACUCAUACGCAACACAACAGGGGUACGGUGAGAUGUCUUCCCUUGGGAUGAACCCGGGGCAGUCAGGGCAGUCUAUGGGGAUGCUGCCCGAACUCGGGAUGGAGACGAGCUUUGAUCCGAGUAACUUUUGGGCGCUUGGAAAUUUGAUGGAUGAAGGGUUAUUCACUUUCCCAUUGUCAUUUGAUCCGACUCUAGAGUUUUAUUGA